AUGAAGAAUGUGUCUCAUUCGAUAUGGAACGAGAAUCCUGAAACAUAUUUCACUGUAAAAACGAUUUAUGCGAUUUUUGUGACACCUAUCUACCCGCUUGCUCAUUAUUGUGUGCUCACCAAGUCACCAAAGAGUUUUGGAAUUUUGAAAUGGAUUAUUUAUGUUCAUUGUAUUUGCUUCACUUGCGAAUGGUUGGGCAACGUGUUCCUAAUCGACGUUUAUGAUUUUCAACCGUCAAUACUUGUCAAAAUCAAUGGAGUCUUGAAAAAUUACAUACGCCCAUUAAACCUUUAUAAGGUUUACGUGAUAGUCGAAGGAAUAACUGAAACAUCUGGACUGAUUUUAUUUACUAGCCGUGUUCUCCUCAUCGUUGACCUCUACAGACCCCAUCCAUCAAUUCAAAGAAAAAUCUGCGAAUUUUUGAUCUACUGCGUUGUUUUUUCGUUUGGCAUGUGGGCCAUCCCAAUGAUAGUUUGGCAGCUGCCAAAUCAACAUUCUGCAAAAUUGGAAGUGAUUCAGAAUCACGAGGCCUAUCCAGAUUCUAUUUGGGACUCGAACGUUGUUGUUAUUACACUAGCGGAUUCUGUUGUAGACAAUACGAUUUGUGCUUUGAUUGUUGUUAACUGCGUGUCCAUUGGUUUCGCGAUCUUUGUGUCUGCCAAAAUAGCGUUCUACAUGUUAUCACAAAGAAUGAUAAAUCAAUCAAAAGCAACAAUGAAAAUGCACAAGAAAUUCAAUGAACGGACCAUUUUGCAAUCAAUACUCUACUUCACUUUUUGCUGUGUGCCAUUUUCUGUACUCUAUAUCACUAUUAUCCUGAAUAUUCACAUAGCAGGAAGCUCAUAUUUCAUAGAUAUCUUUUCUGAAAAUCAUCCGACAGCAUGUGCUGUGUCAUUAUUUUUGUUUUAUGAUCCAUAUCAGUACUAUCUAAUAGACUUGCUUGGCUGGAGAAAACGCAAGAAUGUCACCAAUGCGUCGGCUAUUUUUGUGGAAAAAGUUAACACGGUUUCAAGGAAUUCAAAUGUAGCUUUUUCGUGA